AUGCUCUUGCUCUUCUUUUUGUUUGGUCUGGCUCUGGGUGCUGUGCCUCCUUCAGAUGACCAUCCAGUGCAGCUACAGCGUGGCAACUGUCCCAUGUUUUGGUUCAGCUUUAAUGGCCGCUGCUACAAGUACGUCUCCACACAUUUGACCUGGGCUGAUGCAGAGCUCUACUGUGUGUCACAGAAAGCCAACCUGGUGUCCAUCCACAGUUUGGAGGAACAGAUAUUUGUCAAAGACCUGAUCAAGAACUUUGACCACUCUGAAGGAUUUACCUGGAUCGGACUCAGUGACACCCACAAAGAAGGAGGAUGGAUGUGGUCUGAUGGUUGCACAGUAGACUUUGUCUUCUGGGAUGUUAACGAGCCAAACAACUAUGGAGGACGUGAAGACUGUGUUCACAACAACCAUCAUACAAGUCUGAAAUGGAAUGACUGUCCUUGUUCUGAAACACAUCCAUCUGUUUGUGCAUCUCGUAUCAUCUGUCCUUAGGAAGUGAGAUAAUUACAUAUUCACUGCUGCUGUGUUAACGAUAAAAAGAUACUAAUGUAGACUUUUAUGUGUGCACAGAAGACAUUUUACAUAGAUUUACAUUAAUAUUUGAUAUUCACACAUGAAUAUGAUUUAUUUCCACACCUUUUACCCUUUUAAUCAUAUCAAAAUUCAUGAUAACUUUGUAUGUUUGUGUAUUAAAUGUAAAUGAAUUGAUGGAUCAUUCAUGCCUUGGUUUUAGAGUUCCGGUUUGUGUAUCAGCAAUCAGAUUAGUACAUUUUUAAAUCACAAUAUUUGUUCUAAGAUCCAGCUCAUGUAAAGAAGGCACCUUAGACUCACAAACAUGUCAGCUGCUGGGAAAAUUCAUUUUCUCUGUAAGAUAAUGUGUACUAUUUUUUCUUUUCCAAUGAAAAGCUCAUUGACAUACUUAUGAAUCUAUGAUGGUGUCUGAUGAAUCCCUUUCCCAGUUAUCUCAGUGACAGUGUUCAAAUGGCGAUGAACAUACUGGAUUGAAAGGUUCCUGGCAUUUAUGUGGAAUAGAAAAUAUCAGGAGGAGAUUUCCCUGUAUCAUAUGUCGGAGCUCAGAUCUUCUUUUCUUUGAUACAAUAAUAAUCUUGAUAAAGAUAGUUAUGAUGCAAUAAAAAUAUAAUUAUAUAGAAAAACAAUCCUUGUUGUGAUUUGAGAGUCCUGGUAAUUUUUCUAAACACUCUUCAUGCACACUUCUCAUUGGACAAUAGU